CGGGGCUCGCUGCAGACCGUGCAGUCUGCUCUUCGCUGAUAGAGCUCGUGACCUCGCUUUGCACCUCCGGUGUGUAAAGACAUGUGGAUUGAAAACAUGAAGAAGAUGAAGGAUUUGUUUUCUUUUGUGCGGGUUCAACCUCCGGAGGUGUCCUGAAGAAGUUCUCCUCUCCUUCCUAACUUCGCAGGGAUCUGGACUACAGCAGACCCGAGGGGAUCCUUUGCUGCUGGUUUUACUGGAUCAAGUGUUAGGAGUCAGCUUGAUUAAAGGACCCGCUGCAGCCACACACACACAGCUACGGCAAGGGACUAGAACCAGCAACACAUAGGGGACGACCCACUGAGGAGGAGCAGCAGGAGGGGGAGGAUGCUGCCGUACACCGACAACCAAACCAUGAAAAGACCAGAAGAAGAAGUAGAAGAAGAAGAAGAGGAUUACUCUGUUCUUCCUCAGCUUCCUCCUGUUAACAUGACAUCUUCAAAGGACAACCCCACUGUCCAAUCAGAUUCUGCCAACAACCCUCAAUGCAAUCAGGACAUGAGCUCUGACUCAGGGGAGGACAUGUCGGCCUCACUCUCUGACUCUAACAAGUUGUUGUUACCGUGGCAACGUAAGGAGGAGGAGGAGCGAGAUGAGGCUGAGACGCAGGCGGUCGCCUCAUCCCCUGACGGACGAUUCCUCAAAUUCAACAUCGAAAUCGGACGAGGGUCCUUCAAGACUGUUUACAGAGGACUCGACACUGAGACGACGGUGGAGGUGGCCUGGUGUGAACUGCAGACUCACCGACUGAACAAGGCAGAGCGUGAGAGGUUCAAUGAGGAAGUGGAGAUGCUCAAAGCUCUGCAGCACCCCAACAUCGUCCGCUUCCUCGACUCCUGGAAGGCAACGCUCAAGGGUCAUAAAUGCACCAUCCUAGUGACGGAGCUCAUGACAUCAGGGACUCUCAAAACGUACCUGCGCAGGUUCCGUCAGAUGAAGCUGAAGCUGCUGCAGCGAUGGAGCUUUCAGAUCUUGAAGGGGCUCCAGUUCCUACACACACGCUGCCCCCCCAUCCUGCACCGAGACCUAAAGUGUGACAACAUCUUCAUCACCGGUCCAUCUGCCUCUGUUAAGAUUGGAGACCUGGGCCUUGCCACACUCAAGAAGGCCUCGUUUGCCAAGAGCGUCAUCGGGACCCCAGAGUUCAUGGCUCCAGAGAUGUAUGAGGAGAAGUAUGAUGAGGCCGUGGACGUUUACGCUUUCGGCAUGUGCAUCCUGGAGAUGGCGACGUCCGAGUAUCCGUACUCCGAGUGUCAGAACGCCGCCCAGAUCUACCGCAAAGUCACCAGCGGAACCAAACCGAACAGUUUCUUCAAAGUGAAAGUCCCUGAGCUGGUGGAAAUCAUUGAAGGCUGCAUACGAACCAACAGCAGUGAGAGGUUCACCAUCCAGGACCUGCUGGAUCAUCGGUUCUUCCUGGAGCAGCUCGGGGUCCAUGUGGAUCUGGCUGAGGACGACGAUGGCUCAAAGGCCGCACUGAAGCUUUUGCUGAGGAUGGACCCCAACAAGAAGCUACACGGGAAGUACAAAGACAACAACGCCAUCGAGUUCCUGUUCGAACUGUACAAAGACGUCCCAGAGGAGGUGGCCCAGGAGAUGGUGGUGCUGGGGUUCCUUUGUGAAGCGGAUUAUAUUCCUGUUGCAAAGGCAAUGAGACACCGAGUGACGGCCAUUAAGCGCAAACGGGAGGAAAAGCGCCGACAGGAAGAAGCUCUGAACAACCAACAGGAAGCUGUCAAGAAAGCCGGGUCUGAUCCCGCCCCUAAACCACCAGAACUGUCCAAUCAGAAACCUGCAGCUGCCACAAGCAUGUCUGCUGCCUCAAAGAUGAUCAAUCAGCAGGACUUAGAGGCUGUUUUCGGCCACACCCCUGCCUGGAUACAAGCCACACCCUCAGCAACAGUGACGUCCUCAAGCAACAGCCCUGUGGAUUCUGGCUUCAGCAGCGUGUCCAGUAAGGCAGAUGGAGACGAAGAAGACGACAGGCCCACCAAGCACACAUCCCCCUCUAGAGCGACAUUUGCUAUUGGACAGGACUCUGAAAAGGAAGUCUCCCUCAGCUCCUCAGGUGUUCCAGCCAGGGUUGAAGCCACGCCCCCUCAUGUUACAAACCCCACCCCAAUCUCUUCUAUCCCCACCCCUGUUCCUCCGCGUGUUAAGUGGUCUCAUUCAAAACCUCCACCCCUACCUGUUCUGCGUUUUCCAAGGAGCAUCGCUGUGUCCCAAAAUGCUGAGCAACCCAAGUCUAAAUCAGUCUCUGGCUUUUCCUCACCUGUUGACAGCUACGCCUCUGAUGUGACCUCAGGCUUGAGUGACGGCACUGAUGGCCAAUCAGACAAAGGCAACAAGGAAGUGACCAAACGAGCGGCUUCAAAGCAGUUCAAGAGGAAAACGAAAGCUCGCCUGAGCAUCACAGGGGUGUCAGAACUGCAGGACCGGGUGGUUGAGUGUCAGCUGCAGACUCAUGACAGUAAGAUGGUGACGUUUAAGUUUGACCUGGACGGAGACAAUCCAGAAGACAUCGCCUCUGUGAUGAUCCACAGAGACUUCAUCCUGCCGGAGGAGCGCCAAGAAUUCAUUGCCCGAAUGUAUGGCAUCAUCAAAAGGGCAGAGUCACUGAUCACUGAGAAGCAGCAGGCCGACAGAGACCGGUCAUCUCAGCUGACAGCCUCUACUCUGCCCAAAUCCGCGACGAACGCUGCAGCUCAGGCCCUCUCCAGAAGUAUGUCCUCCUCUUCACUUCUGGAUGCUGCAGGUUCUGACCCCUCCCUCUUGAAGUCCAGAGAUUUCUAUACUGACUCUGAGGCCUCGACCACCAUCAGUCCACAGAGGUCACGGUCCUUCCACACCUCAUCAGCUCCCUCCCAUCCGCCUCUCCCAUACCCCCUCCUUUACUCCCAUCAAGACUCUACCCCUCCUCCCCUCUCACCUUUUCCUCCUCUUCCUUCUUACCAUCUCCCAUCUCCCCCUUACUCCCCUUACACCUCUCAAGUCCUUCCCCAAGUCCAAAGUAAUUCUUCCCUCCUUACACCCUCAACUCCCCCCUCAGUUCCUCCACUGCCUCCUUCUCAGUGGCCUCCUCCUGACCAGCCUCUCUUCUCUCUGGCAAAUGUACUCACUCUAGCCAUGAGUGUGGCCCAGUCCCUCAUUCCCCCUCCUGGGACCCCCAACCAGGGAUUUCACCCCCAGCCUCAUCCCAUGUCACCCCCCUAUCCUUCUCCUCAGGUGGCCCUCACUCCCCCCAUGUCUCCACAGCUGGGCUCUAAGCUCCAUUCCCAAAGCCCUGCCUCCUUUUCUGAACUUGUGUCCCCUCAGCCGUCCUACACACCUCCCAAGCUUCAGACGGGUUCCCCCUCUAAAAGCCUAAAGCGGGGGCCACCUGGCUGGACUUCAGACACACCUCAGGCAGAGGAGCAUCGAGGACCGGUGUCCUCACCUGUCUCCCCGCCACCCAGACCGUCUCCUCUGCAGGAGGUGAAGAAACCUUCUAUCUUCAGUGUUGGUCGUUUCCAGGUAACACCCUCUAAAGACCUUACUAAUGUCCAGCAUCUGGAGCCCCGCCCCCUUAGCAAGGCCACACCCACUGCCCACUCCCCUCCUCCCUUAAGCCCGGACAAAUCAAAAAUCUCAGAGAGCAGCUCAGAGGAGAGUGAAUCAGAGAGCUCCUUCAGCACAGUAAUCGCGCCUCCUCCUGGACAUCUGCGCUAUCAUGAAGACCAGAGCAGGAGGGUGGAGGAGGAGGAAGAGAAGAAGAGAGGGGUGCAGAGGCUGAGUGCCAGCUUAUGGGAGGGAACAACCGCCAGCUCUGGGAUGAGCGGCAACAGCUUCAGUCAAUCAUGGAGUCGUCCUGCACCCUACAUCAGCUCUGAUGAAUCAGACAGCGAGAACGAGGAAAUGUGGGGGGAGCUGCAGGAGCUACGUGACAGACACCUGGCAGAGGUGAAUAACCUGCAGGUCAGUCAGAAGCGAGAAAUUGAGGACUUGUACUUGAAGAUGGGUAAAGUCCCACCCCCUGGCAUCGUCCCACCAGCUGCCAUGUUGAACCACAGACAACGCCGCCUCUCUAAGACUGGAACCUACCCACCCUCACGCAAAAACAGCCUGCAGAGGCUGGAUGUGCUGCCCCCUACAGGUAUCAUGAGGAAAAACUCAGUCAGCAGUGGCAGCGGUGGAACUCUGGAGAGACCAGGGAAAGGUGUGACCUUUCUCCCCGGAUACAGCUUCAUGUGAGAAUGAAACUUGAAGCUGAUGAUCAUGGAUUAGCCCCGGCGAUGAAGAGGAGUCCUCACUGAACACAACAGUCACUUUAUUAUCAAACCUGCAGAAAUAUGGACAUCUUAGUUUUAUUAAACACUUUUUACAUCUUGUUUUUUUUUUUUACCUUUGUCUGUUUAAAAUGGACACCUACAUCAGCAUCAAACAUGUAAAUAAAGUGAGUCUGCAGCAGAGCCUUUGCUUGAUGUUGCAAAGGAUCCUGGGAUAACAAAAGCAAUAUGAUACUCUAUAGCUAAAAAUAUACUUCAAUAAUAACAAUUAUAUAUGCAAUUACAUUAUAUAUUCAAUGUACUAUUUAUGUGAAUAUUUGCAGUUAUGUAACGAUUCAGUGUUGAGGAUUUAUUCUGUUUUUAUGUUUUAUGUUGAAAGCUUUUAUUUAAAUUAUUUUAAGACAUUUUAGCACUUUAGAAAGAAAAUAUCUGAUCUUGAGAAACUUCAUAAAUAAUACAAUUAUUUAUUUCCAAGUCUUUUAUUUGCUGUGUUUAUUUCUCUGAUCUUCUAAAAUGGACUAUUAAAUGUGAUGAAAUGUUUGUCUUCUAUCUUUACUCUGAUCAGUUCAUUAACUUUCAUUCAUGAUUGACUCAGGAGGGUUUUUUAAGUUCAACCUGCUGCUCAAUAUUCUCUGUUCUUUGUUGUUCAAGAGAAAUAUGAAGACAUAAAACCAAGUUUUGAUAUGUUUUAAGAAUUCUGGGAGGUUGAAUUCCAGAGGGUUAGCUGUUCAUGAAAUCUUAAUGAAUCCUACAUUUGGGGACUUAAAUGGUCACCAAUUUGUAAAUCUACAAAUUCUUCUAACAUAUCAAAACUUGACUUUAGAUCCACAAAUCAAUGACCCUGAAAUUUAGCCUUUUUUAAGAUUGAAUGAACAUCUAACCCUCUGGAAUUCAAUCUCCCAGAUGAGAUUCUUCUUCUUUCUUUGGUCACUUACAAACUUUCUGUUAUUCAUUGAUGAUUAUGAUUUAAUGCACAGCACAGCUUAUGAAGAUAUGAAUCCUUUUGAGACUUGACAAUGCCUAUCUUUUAGAGGUGGAACAUUUCUAUACUAAGGUUUAAUAAAUGAAUUAAAACACAGUAUAAUGUAUUUGUAAUCAUACUAAAGGUAAAUGUUGUAAACUUUAUUGAUGUUCAUUUUCUUGUUAAAGUUUUUCUUCAGAAAACAAGUUUUAGUAUCACAGCUGUGUUUUACAAAAUGUUCAUACAAUGUACGUACUUCUUCAAAAAUUUAGAGUUAAGCACAUUAAGUCACAGUAUUUCAUAAAACUUUUGACAUACUAAUCACACAUGCUAUAUAUACCAAGUCUUUGAGUUUUACCAAUAAAUCUAAUGUACAGUCGGUUCAUCAUUUCACAGUGUGUCUUACUUUGAGAUAUAACAACAAAGACAUCUGAUGUGUGACUGAAACACAGCAAGCUUCAGUAUUGUGAGUGAUUUAAAACAACUUGUGUUGAAUUUGUAUUGUUUCUAUCUAAAUAAUGUACCUCAAAUAAAAACAUCUGAGUGAUUCAAA